CAUCGAUGGAUCGUAGAGGCUGACAGUUUGUCCGCACUUAAUUUUUCCUGGCGACUACUACACCUUGUCAGGUAAAUGGAAUCCUGUUUAUCCCAGAGCUGCGGAUCAGCAGUCCAAGGCUCUCCCCUGAUUUUCCACCAAUUAAUCCAGACACUUUUGGUAUCUCAAUGCGCCCUGGGCAACCCGGAGGACUACCCGCGGUCGAGAGUCCCGGAAAUCCUGGAGAAUCCCGAUUCCUUCGACUUUAUAAUCGUGGGAGGAGGAACAGCAGGCUGUGCACUUGCCAGUCGACUUUCGGAGAACGAAAAUUGGCGAGUUCUCCUCAUCGAGGCUGGGGACUACCCUUCAGCCCUGAGUGACGUGCCAGGACUCGUGCUGCUCCUCCAGGGAAGCCCAGAGGACUACUCCUACGAUUUAGAGCACCAAGAUGGCAUCUGCCAAGGAGCCGCUUGCAAAUGGGCCAAGGGAAAAGUCCUGGGUGGCAGUUCAGUGCUGAACGCGAUGAUUCACGUUCACGGCAACGACCGGGAUUUCGACACUUGGGAAAAAUUGGGAAACGACGGCUGGAGUUUCCAGGAUGUUCUCCCGUACUUCAAGAAGUCCGAGAACUAUCCUCCAGAGUUCAUAUCGAAAUUCAGUGACAAAUUCGUGGGAAGUAACGGUCAAAUAAAUAUUCGCGACUACAACUACUCAACGUCGGAUUUUCAAAACAUAAUCCUGGAAGCUGUUCGAGAGAAGGGAAUUCCCAUCCUGGAUUACAUCAACGGUGAUGAAUACAUCGGGUUCGCAAGGGUCCAGGGGUCCAUCGACAAAGGUCGACGAGUGAAUGCUGCCAAGGCUUAUCUGUCCCCAGUGAAAGAUCGAAAAAAUCUCUUCGUGGCGACAUCCACUCGAGCGGAUCGGAUACUGAUGGAGGGUAAUAAAGCAGUCGGCAUUCGAGCUACUUUUCCGGGUGAUAAAUCGGUAGAUCUGAAGGCGUCUAAGGAAGUCAUUAUCUCUGCCGGGAGCGUAGCAACUCCGCAAGUGUUAAUGCUCUCAGGAAUUGGGCCCAAGGAACAUCUGGAGGAGUUUGGAAUUCCCUGCGUUGCUGAUCUACCAGUGGGGAAGAAUCUCCAGGACCAUUUGAUAUGGAUGGGGACACAGCUGGAGUUUAGCAAUGAAUCUUCUGUUAUGAAAACCGCUCUGGACUUUAUGGACUCGACUUAUGAGUACCUGAUGCAUACUAAAGGGGAAUUCACUCAUACAGGGGGAACUGAUCUUCUGGGAUUUGUCAAUCUGGAAGACCCGACGUCUCGUUAUCCGAAUAUCCAAUUCCAUCAUGCCCAUUUGCCCAAGGGGGACACUUUGAAGAUGCAAGUGGUGGCGCAGGCCAUGGGGUUCGAUCAGGAUCUUCAGGUGGAGCUUGUGAGGCUGGCUGCAAUCAGUGAUACUGUCAUGAUGGCUCCCACUGUCCUGAAUCCCAGGAGUCGUGGGGAAAUUAAACUGCGGAGCACUUCUCCCAAGGAUCCAGUUAGGAUUUGGGCUAAUUAUUUGGAGAAUGACGAGGACAGGGUCGAGCUGCUCAGGGCUGUUGGCUUUCUCAAGGGUUUGGAAGAGACUGAAGCUUUCAAAAAACUUGGGAUCAAGUUGAGGCACCUGGAGAUAAAUGGGUGCAAGGGGAUAGAGCCUCAGUCUAUGGAGUACUGGGAGUGCAAUAUGAGGCACACCAGUGGGACUCUUUAUCAUCCUGUGGGCACUGCCAGGAUGGGACCCCCAGGGGAUCCUGCUGCUGUCGUCGAUCCCAAACUCAAGGUUCAGGGCGUACUAGGUCUCAGGAUUGUUGAUGCCUCCGUUAUGCCGAAGAUUACCAGUGGCAAUACUAAUUCACCGACUCUGAUGAUUGCUGAGAAGGGCGCGGACUUGAUUAAGAGGGAGUGGAUCACCAGGAAUGAGUUGUGAGGGCAAGUGUCAAAGGUUUCAUUCGGUUUAUCCGAUUUUGUCGUUGGCUAUAUUGUUACGAUUUACUGUUACGAUUUUUUGAAAUUGCGAAUUUCGUCUUGAAUUUCACAGUAAUUCUCAUGAGUGAAAUUUAUAUAUUCGAUAUUCAACAGCAAAAAUUUCUAAAUUGCCAGUAAAAGUUGAAGAGGAUGAAAGUUUUAGCGAUUCAGCACAGAAAAUUAAGCCAGAAAUUUUUGAAAUUUUUGCAAGAAGUGAAUGAAUUACUGCGUGUCUUUUUAGAUUGAUGGGGUGAAUUUAACUCUUAGAAGGAUUUGUACAAAAUUUAUUUGAAGUAUAUUUAUGUAGUGACAGGGAAAAUUGAGAAAAAAGCGUAUAAAAAAUACCUCGAGUUUCAUGUGCUGAUCAAUGUUUGAAUUACCGUCGCAAUUGCGCAUAUUUGUAACGUUAUUAUUGCUAAGAUAAUUGUAGGCUCGUGAUGUAAUAAAAGUUUAUUAUGUUUAUUCGACAAAAAAAUGGCGAAUGCAUUAUUUUUGUCUACCUCUGCUCAUUGUUAAAAUUGUUUCUACGAAUAAUUGAAUUGUUAUCGCGGUUUAUCUCGCGCGAUUGUAAUUGCUGAUUUCAGGGUUUAAGAAGGAGGGACGAUUGGUGCUAGUUAAUUGCUGGAAGUCCGGGAAAAAGGCGGCACAAAAAAGGAGAUCGUAAAUCCACAAGUACACGAAAAAUAAAUAAACCGUGACCAACAGGCACUGAACUUCAGGACUCACGAGUCUGGGAAAUAAUAUCACGAGUUCUCGUCGAUGAUAAUUAUUCUGGUUACAAUUAUUUCCUGAGAAUGCCGGUUUCGAUAAUUGAUGA